GACGCAUUUUUCCCUUUUUCAUUCUUUCUUGCUUUCUUUCCCCAACUUUUUCAUCAAACACAAAAAAAAAUAAUCAAAAUGGUCAAGGCUGUUGCUGUUAUCCGUGGUGACUCUCCCGUCACUGGCACCAUCACUUUCUCUCAGGACUCUGAGAACGGCCCCACCACCGUCGAGGCCAAGGUCUCUGGCUUGACCGAGGGCAAGCACGGCUUCCACGUCCACGAAUUCGGCGACAACACCAACGGCUGCACUUCUGCUGGUUCUCACUUCAACCCCUUCGGCAAGACCCACGGUGCCCCCGAGGCUGACGAACGCCACGUUGGUGAUAUGGGUAACGUCGUUGCUGAUGCUUCCGGUAACGCCACCUUGAAGAUCUCCGAUAACCAAAUCAAAUUGAUUGGCCCCCACUCUGUCAUUGGCCGUACCGUCGUUGUCCACGCUGCUGAGGAUGACCUUGGCUUGGGCGGUCACGAAUUGUCCAAGACCACUGGUAACGCUGGCGAUCGCUGGGCUUGUGGCGUCAUCGGUGUCGCCAAAUAAGUUGGAGCGAAUAUGUAUCGAAGUGCAUAUAAUAAAAAUGAUUUACCCGUAUUGAUGAACCCUAUCAUGGUACUGUUGCAUUGGUGCGAGCUCAAUACACAUUGUCAAUUGAAGGAUUUUGCAAUUUGCAAAGACUAUAGCACGAUCAUGGUAGUUUGACUUCAGAGAUGUACCAUUUCUUAUUGCCAAAAAAAAAAAAAGGAGAGC